UCCGAUUGUAAACAAAAAGUCAUCUACCGAUAUCCAAAUUCAUCUCUCUCCACUGAAAACUGAUGUAUUUAUCAGUAAAGGGAAGGUAAUUACUUUUUGUCUUAUGAAUUAUAAGCGUGGUUUUCUAAUAUUAAGUGUUACUAUAUUGUGUAUUGUAUUAAAAUUUUCAGUAUAUGGUAAUUUUAAAAACCUAUUAAUGAAAAAAAUGGAUUUUGAGAAUAGCAUUAGUGAUGUAAUUAAAGCUGCUAAUUUUGCUGCUGAAAAGCAUCGGCAACAAAAGAGAAAAGAUCCGGAAGAAACACCUUACAUAAAUCAUCCAAUAGGUGUGGCGAAUAUUUUAGUAACGGAAGGAAACAUCAGUAAUCCAAUUGUCUUACAAGCUGCUUUGCUUCAUGACACUGUUGAAGACACAGAUACAACUUUUGAAGAAAUUGAGACUCAUUUUGGUAUUGCUGUGAGGAAUAUUGUUGCUGAAGUCACAGAUGAUAAAACACUUUCUAAGCUCACUCGUAAAGAAUUACAAAUUGAACAUGCUUCUUCCAUUUCUUAUGAAGCUAAAUUAGUGAAACUUGCUGAUAAGCUACAUAAUCUAAGAGAUUUAUUGAGAGUCACACCCAAAGGAUGGACUGAAGAACGUGUACAGGAUUAUUUUGUAUGGGCAUCUAAAGUAGUGAAGCAAUUGCAUGGGACUAAUAAAGAACUUGAAGAGAAAUUAAGGCUGAUAUUUAACAGCAAAGGUAUACUGCUACAUGAAUAAAAGAUUUUUUAAGCUCUUA